UCACCAACCGCCUCCAGCUCUCUCCUUCUCUGUCCUCUCUCUGGCCGUCUCUCAGAAACACAGACUACCUUCACAGAAAGCAAUGUUUACACAGCAACAUUCAAUCUUGUAAAGUUUUAAUCUUUUCUUUUCCUUAUUAAAUGAGUCGUGGGUUUGAGUUUGCAAUUGGAUUAAAUUCCGAUUGUUGAGUCAUAUAAUGGGUUUUAUGGUGGUAGCUUUUUGAUAUGGGCCAGCUGCGAGGAGAAAAAGUGAAAAGGGGGGAAGGGCUAACAAUGGCGCUAGCUCGUGGUUUAGCAAUGCAGCUAGGACAAUUAAUGGGCACAAAUCUGUCAUAGUGAGGAGAAGAAACAGGGGAGGAAAGGGAGAGCGACUUAUUUAGUCUUUGUGACAUCUUAACUAUUUAAUGAUUUUUCCUACCAUUUUUGGAUUUGGAUUUUAUGUGGACAUCAGGAAUAUUCUCCAUCUCUCGGUUUCAGUUGUAAUUUAUCCAGGCUGAUUAAAUCAGUAUCCAAUUCGGAAACAAGAAAUUUGCUUUCCACAUUUAAAGAAUCCAAUUCCUUGUUGGAGAAAGACUCCAAUUUUGCGUACAUUUAUCUAUCGUAAUACAGCCCCUCUUGUAAUGACGCCUCAGUCCGACAACCUAGCAAAGAAAAACAUGACAAUCAGAAAGAUCAGAGUACUAUAUUCAGACCCAGCUGCCACAGAUUCUUCCUCAGAUGAAGAACAAAGCAGCCAUGAGAAGAAGCCAAAGCGUAUAAUUCACGAGAUUGUGAUUGACCAGAAAAAGAUGGCUCCUUCGCAACCCAAGUUCAAGUGGGAUAAGAAAAACAAGGAGAAAAGAUUUGUUGGGGUUAGAAGAAGGAAAUUUGGGAAGUAUGCUGCUGAGAUUAGAGACCCAAUCAAAAAGAAAAAAAUCUGGUUGGGAACUUUUAAGACUGCUGAGGAAGCCUCCGAAGCUUAUCUUGCUAAGCAGCGUGAAUUUAAGGCCCUAGAAGGAUUCCAAUGGGAGCCAGUAGAUUGUAAACAAUCUUAUCUGAGUGGAUCAUCGGAUGAAGAUCAAUUGCAGUCUUCGAUGCCUACGCCAGAGGCCUUGGGUUCACCUACGCAUACCAGGAGUGAAUCAUCUCAUGAUUCCUCGUCUUCUAUGAGCAAGGAGAAUCUUAAGGUACAGUGUCUGGAAUUUGACGGAGGUUGUGUGAUGGGAAUGUUUGUUCCAGUUCCCAAAGGCCCGGAGGACUAUCCUGGAUCAGAGUUCUUUUUGCCUAUUCUUGACAACCAGGGUUUCUUGUUGGGGGAAUUUAGCAAAUUGGAUGAUCUCAGUAUCUGCCUUGGUUGAAGAUGACAAUAAUGUACCUCACUAGCCUUUGAGUCUGGUUCUCGUCAGCAACUUUUUGUAAUUCUUUUUAAACUUAUCAUGACAAUGUAUACAUAAGUAUAUAUUCAUCAGUCUCUUUUUGUAAUACUUUUUAAA